GGGGUGUCCAAACAUUACUCUUUAGUAUUUAAAAUGUUCAUUGGAAGGCUGAUCCCCUCCCCCCUUUCGUUGCGGUAUUAGCAUAGUAUGUGAUAAAAAUCCGUGUAUUAUGGUAAUAAAGAAAUAAAACAUAAAAUUUUGUUAAAUUGAAUGAAGUUGAAACACCGCCCUUCAAAGAAAUGGGAUCUGAAAUCGAGGUUGGACAAUUUAAUUACCAUUUUCUUCCUCCUUUCUUUUCUUUUUUUUUUAUUUUGGUAUUGGUUUGUCAAAAUUUUCUAGUAAGUUGAAUUUUUUUCUUCUGUUUGGCAUCCCCCUUUGCUUCACUCUCAACGAUACUACUUGCAUGAUGAAUUGUGAGGAAAAUCCCCCCCCCCCUUGAUAAAAGUCUAGCUCAUUUCGCGUGGUGAGGUACUUAAUAACUACAACCGUCCGAGCUUGUCGCAUGCCAGGCGGUGUCUAACAAUUCCUAUGGUUGGUAGCACUUGGCGACUUGUCAAGUUGCUCAUUUCGGCAGGGCAGACGGGGAUAUAAAAUCGAAUAUUGUAUUAUCGCAGGUAAGUUUCAUACAGCGAUUGUAAAAUUAUUCUCUGUAUAUAUUUUAAAUAUCGAGUUUAAAAGUGUAUCAUUUGUUUUAAUGUAUGUGUACAUGUGAAGUGCAAGGAGCCCCAAAAUCACAUGUUGGUAAUAUCUUUAUGGCAAUUUUAUUGCCCAUGUCUGUCAACUGAUAAAGACACGUUAAUACUUUAUUGUCUUUUUAUUCUUUUAUGAACAUCUUUGUCAUAUACAAAAAAAAACGUGUAAUAUAAAUAGAAUAUCAUUGUUUCUAUUAGUUUUAUUGUCGCAAAAAAGCAACUAUAACUGCACUAGUGCAUACCAUUUUUUAACGUCAAGAUAAUCAAUGGAUUAGCUUAAAAAUUAACACUUUAAUCGGAUAGGAUUACUGAAAUUUGUCACCAUCGGUAGGUAUAGGCCAGCGAUCCUAUUAUAACCUGUAUAUUGAGAUUUAUUGAUUAGUUUUUUGUCUACAGUUGACAAUAGAACAAAAGCAGAGAACAAUACGAGUAGGUAAAUCAUUCCUUGCACUAAAUAAAUGAUCACCUACUAUACCAAACUACCACAAAAGAAAUUGGCGCAUAUGCCUUUUUAAGCCCUGUUUUCUAAUAAGUUCAUUAGAUUUAAAUAAUAAUAAUUAGUUUUUUAUUCAAGAGGGCUCUGGUAUUUUUCGACAGCUAUUAAACCCGACUUUAAAAUUCCGUGAUAUUUAUCUAAAAAUUCUAACAGUCUAUUUAACACAAAAUUAUCCCUAAUUGCCAUAUACCCGUGUUAGAAGUCUUCAAUAACUCUAAAUCAAAACAAGAGCAAAUUCCAUCGAUAUCAUUUAUACGUUUUCUAUUAAGUAUUUUUAAAACGUAUAUUCGUGUCGUAUGAUCAGUAAGUUUUAAAUUCCUUAAUCUUAUUUUGAAAUUGAUCUUUUGUAUAACAAAUAUUUAACGAACAAGUUUUGCUAUUCUAUUAUAUAUACUGAUAAACUCUGCGUCCCGUAGGCAGCGGUCUUUGAGAAGUUGGCGACCUUUAUUGUCCACCUUGCGUUUAACACUUUAAAGUUAAAAUCCUAUUUAAAUACUGCCAAUAUGAAUCACCAACUAAUUUGUAGGUUGUAUCAACAAUGUGAAGUGACUUGCUUCGAAUUUUUAUCAAGGAAGCCGAUCUCUUUCUGUAUUGUUGGUCAUUGUAGUAAACAGAAGACACGCACCCUUUCACCCACGAACAUUUGUAAACAUUUGGUUUUAUUCAUGAGCGCUGACCGCAUACCGUGUGCUGUCUAAUUUCAUGAAGAAUAUGUACAGAUAUAGGGAUCAGUUUUUCCAUAACAAGCACAUGUGAUUGAUUUCUAAUGACGGAUUUACGAAAACGGUGAAAGAGAGUGUACAAUUAUAGAAGAGAUAUGUAUGUAUAUUGGUGCUUUACUCAUCUUUGAAAGGUACUUCUCAAUUCUGUAAAUUCUUAUUCAAAUAGGCACUAAAUCUGAGUAACAAUGACUGAAUGAGCUUGACGAUCCUGAGUUUUAGUGGGUGGGGAUUGUAAAUUACUUUCAGUAAGGUAAAAAGGAUUUAGACGUUUUACGUGUUUUUAUAUUGGGCAAUAAAUACACGAGUUAAUCUUCAUUCAUAGCUUUGUUAAUCCUCUUUGAAAAUGUAUUGACUGAGGGAUUAAACAAAUCAAAAAUUUUACAAAUAUUCAUAUUGUUUCAACGACGUGGUAUGUUCACGAUUGAACACAACAUUCAUUUAAUUGUGAAAGGUCAAUUAGUGAUUUUCGAUUGUUAUAUUUCAGCAAAAAAUGUCUGAAAAAAAGCAAAACGGCGGCCCAGUUCCGCAUAAACUUCCCAGUAAACAGCACGAGGCCCGUGAAACAGACAUCAACCAAAAUGACCGAAUUGCAGUUAUGGAGAUAAUCAAAUACUUCAAACAAGAAAGACACCAAAUCAUGGCGAUGCUGAAGGAAAGUAGAGAACAUUUUGAAACUCUGGAAAUGAACAAACGUGCGAUCCAUUCCGAGAUGGAUGCUGUUCGCCAGGACAUCAACAAACAUCUUGAUACAUUGGAAGCCAAGCUUCGUAGGAAUCUAGACGAAAUUCAUAAAGAGGCUGCGAAAGAAUGUCAGUACCGAAUCGCAGAGUUAGAGGCCCGACAAAGUGCAAUCCAGGAGUACCAGCGGAGGCUGGAAAACGUCAUCAAGUUCUGGUCUCGGAGAAGAGAUUCCGAUCUAAGUGCCAUACACGCUUUUUACGAAAAGAUAAUUCAACAUAGAUUAGACAUGACCAACAAGUGCUACGAGUACGAGUUUCAGAUCAAUGAUAAACUGGAUAAUUUGAAAUCCUUGAUUAAGCAAUUUGGAAGCGUUCGAUUGAAUUGUUAUGUCAACUCUUUUGACGAUUCCGGUGUACGCGAGAGCCUGAGUUCUCAAUUCGAUCAAAGUUUGGAAGACUGUACUGCAGUGGUGUCGAAUUCCUUCUCCAUAUGCGAGGACCACAGUUCUAAUAUUGGGGGAUGUACAUACCUUUACAACGGACUUCUGAUGGUUGGAAAUCGUCUGACGAAUUCCUUACAACAGUACGACCCCAAUGGUACUUUAACUGCGGAGAUGCCGUUACAAGGAAAGCCGUGGGAUGUUUGUCUGGUCAAUCCCUUCACGGUGGGCGUGUCUCUUCCCUACAACAAACCAUGGAACAUGUCUUACGUAUCUACAAUAGCCAUUGUCGACACAAUUCAUAUGAAAACAGUCAAAGAAAUCUCAGUACACUCCAAGAUCCAUGGUCUGGCCUAUGGGGAGGAGAAAUUCUAUGUGGCCUGUGUAACAGAAGUCAAAAUACUCAACCUGAGGGGGGAAUCCGUCCAUGUGAUCAGGGUAUCCAACGCCUGCAUCCGACAAGUCUGUACUAGUAAGGGUAGGCUACUCUUCUCCGACUGGAAUCACAAUUCAGUACAGUGCUUUGGACGAGAUGGCAUAGAAAUGUUUAACUACAGUCACCCCCUGAUGAAGGGACCGGUGGGGAUCUCCGUGGAUUAUGAAGACAAUAUCUACGUCACUAGCUUCAUCUCCAACAAUGUCCAUCAGCUGACUCCAGACGGGCAACUGAACCGAAUACUGCUCAAUAAGGACGACGGCAUCAAGGAGCCCAGGGCCAUCAGCCUUCAGAAGUACACCAACAGAUUUGUUCUGUGUGACAAUGCUGGAGUUAAACUAUGCCAACUACAACCAACUUCAACAUAGCAAACAAUCGAUGUUCUCUGUGACAGUGCUAGAGUUAAACUGUGCCAACUACAACCAAGUUCAACCUAGCAGACAGUUUUCUGUGUGACAAUGCUGGAGAUACAAUGUAAACUAUGCCAACUACAGCUAGCUUCAACCUAGCAGACAGUCUUUUGGGUGACAAUACUGGAGUUAAACAAUUCCAAGUUCAACAUAGCAAACAAUUAAUGUUCUCUGUGACAAUGCUAGAGUUAAACUAUGCCAACUACAACUUCAACAUAGCAAAUGACAUUCUCUGUGACAGUGCUAAAGGUUAACUAUUUCAACAAGUGCAACCAACUUCAGCAUUUCUGGCAUAUGGUGUUUUAUGAGCCAGUGCUGGGGUUAAAUUCUACAAACUACAGGUGACUCCAACAUAGCUGACAGUGUUCUGUAUGAUAGUGCAGGAGCUUAACUAUGCCAACUAUAAUCAACUUUAAAACAAACAGUUGAUAUUCAGUGAGACAGUACUAGAGUUUAACUAUGCCAACUUGAACAUGGCAAAAUGGUGUUUUUUGUGAAAGUGCUGUUGUUAAACUGUAAGUAACUAUAACCUUCUCCAACAUAGUGGGUGAUAAUUCAAUAUCAGCAUGUUCAAAAGAUAUUUUGAUCUCAGGGAAAAGUACAAAGUGAGAAAAAGAAUUGUUCUUUUGGCAGGGAGUCUUAGUGAUCAUAUCGUUUUAUUCCUCAGCAUUAUUUUCUUUUUCUUACCAUUAGAGGUACAACAGGAUUCAUUGUAUGUAUAGGAGAAAUCAUUUUCUCAUUCAUUUCUUUUGAUUUCUACAUAGUUUUAUGAUGGGAUUGUGCAAUUAAAUGAGCUUUAAGCAUACAAA